GCUUGAAUCCGUUUACAAUUUUUAUUUUACUUUGUUUUUAGUUGAUUUUAGUUUUUUAAUAAAAUAUCUAAAAAAGUGAAAUCUCUGCAACAACAAUUCGUUUUAGAUUAAAGUAUUUUGCUUAAUUUAUAUUUUAGUUAAUUUUUAUCAGAUUCUAAAAUGCAGUCCGCAGCUUUGAGAUCAUUUACAACAAUGUUCCGUAAGCCGGUAACAGUUUUGCGCUGUAUGUCUUCAUCCUCUGUUGGAAAAUUAACUACGGUCGAUGUGAAUGAGAAAACCGGCAUAGCCACUUUGACCAUGAACCGGCCCCCGGUUAAUGGUUUGAAUUUUGAAUUGUUACGUGAUAUAAAUAAUUCGAUUGAUGAAAUUGAAUCGAAUAAAUGUCGUGGACUAAUCUUGACUUCGUCUUCCAGCACCAUAUUUUCGGCCGGUUUAGACAUUAUGGAAAUGUAUAAGCCCGAUCAAGAAAGACUGAAACAAUUUUGGACUGCUUUGCAAGAUACCUGGAUGGCUUUGUAUGGAUCAAGUGUACCAACAGCUGCUGCCAUAAAUGGUCACUCACCAGCCGGUGGUUGUUUGCUGGCCACCAGCUGCGAAUAUCGUGUAAUGCUGCCCAAUUUUACUAUUGGCCUUAAUGAAACUAAAUUGGGUAUAGUGGCACCCAAAUGGUUUAUGUCUACCUUUUGCAAUGUUUUACCUCGCCGUGUAGCAGAAUUGGCCUUAACCCAAGGUAAAAUGUUUAGCAGUGAGGAAGCUUUUAAAGCGGGUCUAGUAGAUGAAUUAGCACAAACAAAAGAAGAAGCUUUGGCCAAGUGUGAGCAAUUCUUUGCUAACUUCGCCAAAACGAAUCCAUUUGCUCGUGCCAUGACCAAACAACAAUUUAGAUCAAAAGACUUGCAACAACUCGAAGAUGAAAAGGCACAAGAUUUAGAAGCUUUUCUAUUCUUUGUUAAUCAGCCCAGUGUUCAGAAGGGCUUGGGCCUUUAUUUGGAAAGUCUUAAAAAGAAAUCCAAGUAAAUAAUGGGAGUUAAAUAAUGAAACUAAAAUCAAUGAGAUUUUAAAGUUCCUUGAAACGAUUAUUGUUAAAAUGCAUUUAAAUGUAUGUUUUUAUUUAGAAUUACAAAAAUAUAUACACAUUUAUAAAAAAAUAUAUUUUAAAUAAUAUUUAAAUUGCUAACUCAA